CGAAACACAGAAUCACACAGAUCACAAACGACACAAACCUCCUACAUACAAACAACUCGGCUUAAGUUGACGAUUAGUGGUUUUUCUGGAACAAUAUUCAAAAUGAAUAUUCGUUGUGCUAAGCCUGAUGAUCUGAUGAAUAUGCAGCACUGCAAUCUGCUGUGUUUGCCUGAAAAUUACCAGAUGAAGUAUUAUUUCUAUCACGGAUUAUCCUGGCCACAGCUCAGCUACGUUGCUGAAGAUGAAAAUGGGAAAAUUGUUGGGUAUGUUCUAGCGAAAAUGGAGGAGGAUAGUGAAGACGACCCCCACGGCCACAUUACCUCUCUUGCCGUGAAAAGAUCGCACAGGAGAUUAGGUCUCGCACAGAAACUAAUGGACCAGGCUUCUCUCUCCAUGGUUGAAUGUUUCAACGCCAAAUAUGUUUCUCUACACGUGAGAAAAAGCAACCGAGCAGCACUCAACCUAUACACAAAUACAUUAAAAUUCACCAUUUCGGAAAUUGAACCGAAAUAUUACGCUGAUGGUGAGGAUGCGUACGCGAUGCGCCGUGAUCUGGCAACUUUCAACUACGACGACCCAGAGCCAAAGGAUAAGGAAGCUCUUCCAGAAGACAGUGAGGCCCAACUUAUCAAUUGAAUAUUUCUCGAGCAUUUUGCUGUUAAGUAAUUUGUUUGAACGAAUAUAAUCCUCUUAGCAA